CAUCGCAAUAGGCUUUGUGAGGAAGUGUCAUUGGGUGGGUUUCUAAAAAAGGAGUAGAAACUCAGUUCCUAGUAUAAAUUCCGGCUGGGCGGACAGGCCCGCACCGACACCAAAAAUAGAACAUCCUGAAGUAGCCCCUAAAUAGUAUCCAGCCAUUCCAUAGAAUUUGAUAAAGUUCAACAGCAAAAUUCAGACACCAGGAUAGCCAGGACUUGCAAAGCAGUUAACAAGAUCAAGAAGGAUUUUUACUAUUUGGAAUUGGAACUCUAUAACAAAUUUAACCCUUGGAGAAUGUCGCGGGUGAUGGAGAUGACCCGCCACGUGACCUCCUGGCUGGGCUGGACGCCGGCUGCUCCCUGCGACGGCCUGCCGGCGGAGGAGGAGGAGGAGGGGCCGCUCCAGGAGUCGUCCGGCUUCGUCACCGUGCUGAUUCUCUACCUGGGCAUGGCCGGCCUCUUCGCGGCCCUCAAUCUCUGCACCGGCUCUGCCAAGCAGGAGCUGGCGGCGCUGGAGCGACGCCAGGUGCAGCGUCUGGGGCGGCACGGCCUGAGUGCCACGCGGCCAGCCCUGCCUCCUUCUUGGCUGGUCAACCUGGCAUCGCUGAUCCGCGACGUGGCCGCCCCCCGGCGUCCGCCAAUCCUUUUGCAGCAGCAGCAGCAGCAGCGACUGCGGAUGCGCCUGCUCCGGCAGAAGGAACAGGAGCUGGAGAUGGCCAUGGAGAGCGAGUGGCAGGAGCAGCCGACCUGGCAGGACGUCUUCGACGAGGAGGAGCCGCUGGCCCCCGGCUCUGCCAUGCCGAAUCACCAGAAGUCCACCUACUUUGACCUGCCCUCAGACUCGGAGUAAAGGGCAAGCCAGCCGCCGAACUAUUCCAAAUUCCAAAUUAUAUUGUGCAAAAAUAUAAAAUCCCAUCAAAUGAU